UCUGCCUCUUCUUCUUCUUUUUCUUCUUGGUUCUUCCUCUUCCUCCUAAUUAACUAAUUAAUCCUUGCCAAAGAAACAUGAUUAGAGCGAGAUAAAAGUCGGUUAGGAGAUUAAUCGAGUUUCGCCAUCGUCGAGCGGGCUAAUGAAGGCGGACGAAGAGUUGGGGGGGCCUGACCGGGGCAUGGCCUUCGAGACCGACGACGAGGACAACCUCGCGGAACACCACUACGGGUCCCACGCCUCCUCCCUUUCCUCCGACACCUCCUCCUCUCACUCCGACGACGACGACCAGUUGGGCGGCGACCCGAGCUCUUACCAGACCACCUGGCCCGUCAGCUACCGCCAAUCCAUCGACGUCUUCAGCAGCGUGCCGUCGCCGAAAGUAGGGUUUCUGGCGGCUUCCAGCUUGGUCGAGAAGGGCGGCUCGUUCUUGAGGGCGGAGGGUUCCUUCUUGAGGCCCGGCGCUUCCAUGCUUUCCCACCACGAUCAGGAGGCGGCGGCGCGUCAUUUGGUGAAACCCUUGAUUCCGCCGCACCCUUCUUUCGCCGCGCCGGACCAUGGGUCGGUUGUUCUCCCCUCCGAUGGUGCGCAUAGAGGUUCAUUUGCUUUCUCUUCCUACGUGGAGCUGCCGCCGCCGCGCCAGUGCUCCACUGCUCAAGCCGUGAUCAAUGGUCUUAAUGUUCUCUGUGGAGUCGGAAUUCUAUCCAUCCCUUAUGCAGUUAAAGAAGGAGGGUGGGUGGGCAUGUUUUUCCUGUUUGCCUUGGGAUCCAUCUCAUUUUACACUGGAAUGUUGCUCAAGAGGUGCUUAGAUAGUUUACCAGGACUCAAGACAUAUCCUGACAUUGGUCAAGCAGCAUUUGGUCUCUCUGGACGUCUAUUUAUAUCAAUAGUUCUUUACCUAGAACUUUAUGGUUGUUGUGUCGAGUACAUAACUCUAGUGGGUGAUAACUUGGCAUCAAUCUUCCCAGAUGCAAGCUUGACUUUCUUGGGAGCUGAACUAAGUUCUUCCCAGAUCUUUGCUAUAACCACAGCCUUUGCUGUUCUUCCCACUGUUUGGCUCAAGAACCUUAGCUUAUUAUCCUACCUCUCAGCUGGCGGAGUGUUAGCUACGUUACUGGUUGUUCUCUGCUUGCUGUGGGUAGGUGUGGUGGAUCAAGUUGGAUUCCACCCAGGUGGAUCCGUACUCAAUCUAAUGGACCUUCCUGUUGCUCUUGGAUUAUAUGGCUUCUGCUACUCCGGUCACUCUGUUUUCCCCAAUAUAUAUUCUUCCAUGGAAGUGCCAUCUCAAUUUCCAUUUGUUCUAAUGAUCUGCUUUGUAGUGUGUACAAGUCUCUAUGCCGGGGUCGCUGCAGUAGGCUAUUUGAUGUUUGGGGAUUCCCUCAAGUCUCAAUUUACACUGAACAUGCCUCAUCAAUACUUGAUUUCUAAAGUUGCGGUAUGGACAACGGUUGUGAAUCCGCUGUCGAAAUAUGCAUUGACUAUGACUCCAGUCGCCCUCAGUUUAGAAGAGCUGCUGCCUUCUACGAGUCAAUCCAAUUUUGUGAUGCUUUUGAUGAGAACAUUUCUAGUUUUUUCCACAUUGGUUGUGGCACUCGCAGUUCCCUUUUUUGCAUCUGUAAUGGCAUUGCUUGGAUCCGUCUUCACAAUGCUAGUGGCUCUUAUUUUACCUUGCGCAUGCUAUCUCAGUAUAAAGCGCAAAUCUGUGAGUCUUCAGGAGGUUUUGUGGUGUGUUUUCGUUAUAAUUAUUGGACUAGUGUGUUCCCUUGUUGGAUCAUAUUCCUCCAUCAAGCAGAUGAUUGAUCAAACGAAGAAUUAGGAUCAAUUACUGAUAAGUGACAGUUUGAGAUGUAACUCGUGGUCUACAGCUAUAUAUUUUUUUAAUUCUAUAACAUUUUAGUUUUUUUUUUAAUGAAAUUUGCUAUAGUUAGAAUAUUA